AUGGGAGGAAAUACACCCACAAAUGUGACCAGAUUUAUUCUGCUGGGUUUCUCUGAUUUGCAUUUGUCCCUUCAGUUUAUUCUUUUCUCUUUUCUUCUCCUCACUUACAUGCUCAUGUUAUUAGGUAACGGUCUUAUCAUUGUGACUGUUACAAUUGACCUUCAGCUUCACAGGCCCAUGUACUUCUUUCUGAGGAACCUAUCAGUCCUUGAGAUUUGCUUCAGCUCAGUCAUUAUCCCUAAAGUAUUAGAAAACAUUUUAUCAAAGGAUAAGUCCAUAUCUUUCAUGGGUUGUGCUGCACAGAUGGACAUUUUCUUCACAGUUGGUGUUUCUGAAUGUGUUUUCCUAGGGGUGAUGGCAUUUGACAGAUAUAUGGCUAUCUGCAGCCCUCUGAGAUAUAUGAGUGUGAUAAACAGAAAGUUAUGUUUCAAACUUACUGCUGGGUCUUGGAUGGUGGGGUCGUUUGUUUCUUUGGGGCAAACCAGCUUCAUCUUUAGUUUACCUUUUUGUAGCUCAAAUUACAUUGAACAUUUCUUUUGUGACAUUCCCCCUCUCCUCAAGAUAGCCUGUGCUGACACCUUCAACAACGAACUUUCAGUUUUCAUUGCUUGUAUUAUUGGGGCAGCAGUUCCCUUCCUUCUUAUUCUGUGUUCUUAUAUCAAAAUCCUUUCUUCAAUUUUACUCAUAAAGUCUGUGGAUGGACGUCAAAAAGCCUUCUCAACAUGUGGUUCCCAUCUGGUCUCCGUAUUUCUUUUCUAUGGUACAGCUAUGUUUGUGCACCUGCGUUUGCACACUCGUCCUUCUGUUAGCAAGGAUAGGAUCAUGGAACUCUUCUACUGUAUAGUAAUACCAGCAAUUAACCCUCUGAUUUACACUCUUAGGAACAGAGACAUGAAAACAGCACUGAGGAAACUCUCCUUGAAAAUCAUAAAUAAUGUGUAA